UUUUUUUUCAUGUAGGGUUGUAGUUUUUAAUGUAGUGGGAUCGAUCUAAAAACAUGGAUUUGUUUCAAUAUGUAAAAUUGUUACAUCAAUUAGUGUAGAUCCUAUAGAUAAUCCAGAGGUACCUACUUGCCUAGGCAAGGUUGGAGACUUGUGCAUGGCAUCACCAUUAGUUCUGAAGGAGAAUUUCUCCGGAGAUAUUCUGAGCAAUAUCUUCAAAGUGUCCACAAAUGAGCAGCUCCAGGACUACAAAGUGCAGGUGGAAAACACAGUCUACGGUUGCCACAAACUUAUGCUCUGUGCGGUCUCCGAGUUCUUCCAGUGCCUGAUACGAUCCGACAUGAUAGAAUCAAGGACUAACUUCGUACAGCUGAAGGACAUCAGUUCCUCGACCUUUGCGUUGAUCUUGAAACUUGUUUACACCGGGCAGGACGUCGUUACUAAAGACAACUGUAUAGAUUUAUGGUACGCCUCGGAUCGCCUCGGAAUAGCUUUUCUUUCGGAAAGGUGUCAAGAAAUGGCUAUAUCUUGCAUUACCGUACAGAAUUGUGGGCAAAUGUACCAGGCAGCAAAACAAUUGGAAUCGAAGCCUGUGCUUGAAAAGAUUUAUGCUUUAAUACUAUCCAAGUUUAAGCGAAUAAAAGAGAACGGAGCAAUCUUGUUGCUAGAGUUUGAGGAGUUCCUUAAAAUUAUCUCAAGUGACAGAUUAGUUGUACAUUCUGAAGACUUUGUGAUUUUCUCAGUCAUUGACUGGGUGAUGAAUGCAGAUCUAGGGGCCCCUAAUACGAAUAACGCCAACAAACUAAACUAUAGCCCUAAAGGCCAGUCAGUGCCCCUAGACAAUUUUGACGAUGAAAUAAAAGAAAUUAUUGGUGAAAAAGAAGAAAUUGAUGCUAUGGGCUCUAAUUCUGAGGACUCAUGUCGUAAAGUCUCUGUUCAUAGCUCUAACUCUUCUGAAAAGAAAGUUAAAUUGUUGAAGACGUCACAUGGCAGAAACGCCUACCUGCCGAAAUUACUGCAUGCCUGCAGAUUCCACCAGGCCAGUCCACAAUGUCUCUCUCAAGUGUUCCUCCACCCACUGAUUCAGCAAGACCCCGAAGCCAGGAAAAUCAUCUUCUUGGCUGUUCUAGACAAGGUGCGGUGUGUCAAGAGGAGGCACCAUGAGACCGACAAACGGACCCCAUGCGCCUGUAAUUUCGAUACAAUUUUCUUUAGAGUUCUUAUGUGUUUUGCACUGAUAACCCUUGCAAUGCUUCUGGCCUUGGCCAAUGAAUAGUUAACUGUUAGGUCACUGAAUGGUGCUGUGUUACAGUCAAAUGUCAUAAACAAGUCGUCGCUACGCCAUCAUUUAACUCCGCCUAUAGAUCUAUCAUCUUAAGUGGGGUUCUGUAAUGUGAAAAACCUUGAAAGAAGGAUUUACGAAUUUAAAAGUACUUUAUGCUGUUACCAUCUAUGCAGUAUUAUUUUAAAAACUCUGAACCUGAGAUCUAUACAUAUUUACACUAACAAUUCAAGAAUAGAAUGAAAAAUAACCUUUAUACUUUGAUACAAAUUUUGUGCAUAAUUUUCUGUCUUUAUUUACAAAUAUAAUAUACAGCCAAAUCCAAUAUAUACAACUAUCUGUC